AUGGGCCAGAGGCACAAUAGACGUCGCACUCGUCGUUCAACCAACCGCAAUACAAUUCUUCUCGCUCAGCAUCCAGCCUUGCCUCUGGCAUUCCCAGCCAUUCGGACACAGCGCUGUUGUCAGCCUUCAUCUGUCGACAACUCUCCUAUCGCAUGCAUUUCACGUGGAUCUUCGGGAGUCACCCCCGCCCCAUCAUGGCAUUAUGGGUAUAUGGCUUCGCAGACCCGUGAUCGCCCUUUGCGACUGGAAUCGAGCGGGCUGGAGGCAGAGCAGUAUCGAUUGUUCGGCGGAGAGCCGGGCGACGACGUGAGCCUCUGUUAUCGCAUGCUUGAGUAUUUCGGCGGACUCGACUACAUCGACUCUACGAGCGGCCAAGCCCUUGGAGAUUGA